GUAUAUAAGUGCGACGAUUGCAAUAGUAGCGAGGCAGUCUUCAUUCGCUUUUAGUGCGGUGGUCACCUUCUCGUAGCCGCUGGACGCGAAUUGUCGUCUACACUUGUCAUCGUCGCGCAAGCCGCCCGAUUCAAAGAUACGCUUCUUGCUCGUCUUGCGACUUCAUCUCCUCCUCGCAAUGGUGGACUCAGUGUUUCGUACUCGUUCCCUCGGCACGCCAGCCGAAGGUGUGAAGGAUCAAUAUGCUGACGGUAAAGCGGCGAAGGUCUGGGAGGUCUUCAUCGGCGACAAAAAGCUGCGUACGCAGAACUACCGGGAUUUCCUGGUGGGUCUGUUGCGACAGAAGAAAUGCCAUCGAAUACUGGACGUCGCCUGCGGCACCGGCAUCGACUCCGUGAUGCUGCUGGAAGAGGGCUUCGAGGUGGUCAGCGUCGACGCCUCCGACAAAAUGCUGAAGCACGCGCUGAAAUCCAGGUGGGAUCGCAGGAAGGAGCCCGCCUUUGACAAAUGGGUGAUCGAAGAGGCGAAUUGGCUCACUCUGUUCAGCGAUAUUAGCCACCUUAUCGGGGAAGGCUUCGACGCGGUGAUAUGUCUGGGAAACAGUUUCGCCCACAUGCCUGAUUCUUUUGGCGAUCAGAGAGAACAAAGGCAAGCCUUCUCAAACUUCGAGCGCUGCGUGAAGCCGGGAGGUUUGCUCCUUAUCGAUCAUAGGAAUUACGAUUACAUUAUCCGAACCGGUCAAACUCCACCAAAGUGCAUAUACUAUAAUAGUCAGCACAUGACGGACAUCAAGACGUCGGUGCUGUACGUAUCUGGCAAGCCAGCGAUCGUGACUCUGGAUUACAUGAUCUCCUUGGACAGCGAGAACCCAGACAACCCCGAGUCCAUCAACGAGUUCCGGCUGUCGUAUUAUCCUCACAGAUUAACAGUUUUCCGCGAUAUGCUGACCGAGGUGUUCGGCCACGGGGCGAAACACACCAUCUACGGUGACUUCAAGCCGCUCAAUCAGAUCGAGGAUCCCGGCUUCUACAUUCACGUGCUGGAGAAGCAAUGUUAGAGUCGGAUCGACACCUCGACGUGCAAUCGGCGCGACUGUGUGUUGAUUCGUCGAGGCAAUCGAACACACCAUCAAGUGGAAUCGGAUGUUGCUCGACGUGUUGAGUCGAUAUCUACUCAUCUGCCAUUGAGAUUCGUGCAAAGAUUGAGAUUUCUUUUUUUACUAAAUGAACGAAGAGGACUAAUUAUAUGUACUAAUUAUAUAUACGUGUAUAGUGACUCGGUGGUACGACGUGGUAGACACAUUUCCUCCGAUGAAAUUAGGAGCAGCACUCCAAGUUGUCACAAUUGCGAGCCAUUGCUGAUGGGUUUGCAUGACAGUCCAGUUAUGACACAAGAGCUAAAGAGUGAUAGUAAAGUAAAAGUACUAAUACCCGGACAUGUAUCUAAUCUUAGAUAUUCUUAUUGUUUUGUUCUUUAAAUAUAUGUAUUUUUGAAGGCCAAAACAAGAAUGUUCAAGAUCAAGUAUAUGUCCGAGAAUUUUUACCUUACACAUUGAGCCUUUAUUGUUUUCUUAUAUGAUAGACGAGGAUACAAUAAAACUGCUCACGUUUCUCCCGAAUCCUCCGUUGCAGCUGCGAUGUCGGAUAUCUCAUAUAUUGUCACUUUGUGGCUCCUAUAUCAUAACGGACUACCACGUCUCUCUUUCAGAUCAGACUCAUACGUCGUGACUUGCUAUCUUGGCCAUUUGAUGCACUUCUAAUUAUAUUGGGAAAAGUCUGUCUAAAUCGUUUUGCAACUGAGAGUACGUUAAGACUACUUACUCUGUACAGUAGAUUUUAUACCCGCAAAAUUGUCGAAACGUGUUGAAAAGAAAUAUAUCGGUGAAAAAAAGAAGCUGAAAAAGAUGUACGAAUGUAUGAAUAAUGGAGAGAGAAUUCCCGUUCGAGAGAAACGUGUUUCGAAUGACAUACAACGAGCAUAAGUUUUAACGUUUUUAUUAUAAGUCUGAAAGCAGCUUUUCAUUGAGUAUUCUAGCCAGGCAUUGUUCGAUGCUACAACUUGAUCUCCCAAAGGAUACUUUUCCGAGCGAUCGUUGACGAUGAUUUUUGCUGGGUAAUUUUGGACGAAAUUUCGUGUCUUCUCCUCGCUCGCUUCCUCACCCUCUCUUGCUCAUUUAUUUCUUUCUCUCUCUCUCUCUCUCUCUCUCUCUCUCUUUCUCUCUUCUCUCCCUCGAAAUUUCUUGUGCGCAAUCGAUGUUUCAGAUAAAGGAUUUUGGGUCAGUGGGAAGACUAAACGCGUUCGUUGCGCGCACGAAUCAACAUUCCAUGCAUCGCAAUCACCGUGUGAGACGCGACGAAUCACACGGUCCUUUUAUCAUCUUCGGUCUGAUUGUGUUCGACACGGAUUUACCGAUUUCCAUCCGAGAAUUGAUAUUGGAACACCCGACGCGACAUCCGCUCUAUCAGUCGUCAAUGAUCGUUCCAACUUAAAGUUAUCGGCGCAGAAAUUGCUCUCUCCCUCUCCCUCUCUCUCUCUCUCUCUCGCUCGUAAAGUCUCACGCUCGACCCCGAGAUUGUUUUGUCGGAUCUUCGAAGCUUCGCAAGAAUUCUCCUCAUCGUCGCGCGAGAAGUGCCGCGCUAUCGUAGAAAUCGAACUCCGAUUGUAAGCGAGUGUGUGAACCUGGAUUAGAGCGAUUUCGAGUAAGGGAGGAGAAGUGAAGAAAGAUGCGAGAAAGAGAGAGAGAGAGAGAGAGAGAGAGAGAGAGAGAGAGAGAAAGAGAGAGAGAAAGAGAGAAAGAGGGAAAAGGAGUGAGCGCGAGCGAAACAGGAAAAAUCAAAUUCGGUGUCCGUUCGAUUUCUUCGAUGUGGCUUAUCGCGGCACCGCGUAACCAAGGGGGCACCUCUUCGGAAGUGAUCGAGGACGAUAAUUUAUAAAGGCCAAGGACUUGUUUACGGUGCAACGAACUGCCUAUAUAGAAAAAUGGACGAAGUGUUAUAGCAAAAAUUGUCCCCCCUCUUCUAUAUCAAUAUAUGUAUUUAUAUUUAUA